CAAAUGGGUUAACUCACAGCUGAUCAAUAUCGAGCGGGGGGCAGCACUGCUGACAUCCGUCAAUGCGAAACUUUCUUCGGUGUGUAUUUAGCCUACUCUGGGAGCGGAUAGCGUAUGACCUCGGUUUCGCUGAACAGAUUCAUAGGCUACAUUCCUUACACCUGCCGUGAUGCUCAGGAAAUAAAAUAAAGAAACUCCGAGGUUAAAGUGUAUGCCUUUUGAAGACUUUGUGAAAAUCUAAUUUCAGUGACGAUGGUAGAAGGCAAGCCGCUGCCACUACCAGAUUUGACGCCAAGCGCCGUUUGCAAGGGCUGCCACCUGCGCAUCCGCGACAAAUACCUGCUCCGCGUGCAUGACGGCCUCUGGCAUGAAAGCUGCGUUCAGUGUGUUACUUGCCGCGAGCCCCUCACGCACUCUUGCUUUCUGCGAGACAACAAACUUUACUGCAGGCGCGACUACACUAAACUGUUUGCGGUGCGCUGCCAGGGCUGUGAGGAGGUGAUGGGCCCCGCGGAGCUGGUGAUGCUGGCGGGGGCGGCGGUGUACCACCUGGCCUGCUUCCGCUGCAGCGCGUGUGGCCUGAGACUGCAGAGAGGAGACCAGUGUGUGCUGAGGGACGGCAGGCUGCUCUGCCUUGCCCACCACCACCACCAGAGGCCCGCCAGCCCGGAGAGCAGCCUCUCAGGUAAAAGUGAGGAUGACGAAGAUGACGAGGAGGAGGAGGAGGAUGAGGACAGCAGCAGUAAGGCAACCAGUGAGCAGAAUAGAAGUGGCAGUCUGGACCACAAGAGGCCGAAACGACCCCGCACCAUCCUGACCACUCAGCAGAGGCGAGCCUUUAAGGCCUCCUUCGAGGUCUCCUCCAAACCCUGCAGAAAGGUCAGAGAAACGUUGGCAGCAGAGACCGGCCUGAGUGUGCGAGUCGUCCAGGUUUGGUUCCAAAACCAAAGAGCCAAGAUGAAGAAACUGGCCCGUCGACAGCAGCAGCAGCAGCAGCAGCAGAUGUCCCCACAGGACACACACGACGGACCAGGAUUACACACAGUGACCCCCUGUGGCAUGACCUCUGACCUGGAAGGACUGGCCUCUUUCUCCUCCCUGCCCCCGCAGCAGACUAUCGCCAUGGAGACACAGGGCUUUAAAAUGGACCACUUCAGACAGGGGCUUACUCCCCCACAGAUGCCAGGAGACCACAUGCAUCCCUAUGACUGUGAGGCCCUUUACUCAGAGAUGGACGGAGACUCCCUCUGUCACCUAGGCGACUGUCUGUCAUCGAGUGACCCCUCCCUCUUAACGCCCAUCGACCGUCUGUAUUCCAUGCAGGAGUCCUACUUCACCUCUUGAGUCACACACACACACACACACACACACACACACACACACACACACACACACACAAACACACACACACACACAUAUAUACACACACACACACUUACACAGGCCUGUGAACAAAUGUCAGAACAGGGACACACAUUUACAUUGAAUCUUUCACACACACACACACACACACACACAGACACACACACACACACAUAGACUUUUUGUGGGACAUUUCCAUGAUUCAUAGCCAUUGUAUGGUCUCUCAACCUCUGUCUGGUUGUGGGUAAGAUGUGUAGGCUAUAUCUGAAUAGUAUUGUAUGUCUUUCUGACGCUUUUGUUCUAGAUUUGUCAUUCAUAUACAACACAAUUACAUUAGUCAGCAUUUGUGUGUGCAUUUGUGUGUGUGGGCAUGUGUUUGUGUGUGUGUGUGGGCGUGUUUGUGUGUGUGUGUGUGUGUGUGUGUGUUGGCAUGCCUCUCCACCGCAUAAAAAGAGUGUGCUUUGUGAAGCUAACAGAAGAGAGACAGCUCGGUGUGUAUGUAUUUAUUUUGGACAUGUAUGUGCUUUAGAUGUCUAAUUGUGUCUGUGCCAAUGACUGUCACAAA